CGACAAUAGUCCAAAGGUCAUAACAUUUCGAGUUCGAGUACGCUUGCAGUAUCAUCUGAUUUCUUCAAGUCACAGGGAUCAUAUUAAAUUGUUAGUUGCUAGUGGCCUAACAAUAAAUAGCUAAAUCAAUCAGCCCUACAGUCUUUGGAAUAUUUGUUCAGGAAGCUAAGCUAACAGAGACAAAGAAAAAAGGUCGAGCUAAAGUAAGAAAAUAUACAUACUGCAUUUGCGUUUAAUAAAAAAAAAAAAUGUGGCAGUACACAGAAAUGUAUACGUUUUUAUUUGACGUACUAUAAGGCCGAUUAUGAGAUAUAGAUACAGUAUCAGGAGCUGCAGUUACUGCUGCAGCUGUUACCACUAUUCCGUAUCUUCCGGGUUUUACUUGAGCUUGAAUUGCAGCUGGAUCCAUUGGAGCAAAACCCAUGUCGUCUGCAGGUACAGAUAACGAGGGAGAAGUUGGGGCUGCUGGACUAGGUGUGAAAGGCAUAGGUCUUGCUGCCACUGGAAGUGCUGCAGUUAGACAUGAAGCAAAUAGACUCUGGCGAUGGGCAUGGGAAGGAGGAAGAGGACAAUGGGAUCAAGAGGAAAAGGAGAAGAAGAAUAAGGAGGAGGAAGAGGAUGGGAAGAAGAAGAAGACGACGAAGGAGGAGGAGAAGGAGGAGGAAGACGACAAGGGGAUUGAGAAGAAGGAGGAAGACAAGGGGAUGGAGAAGAAGGAGGAACUAGAACAAAAACAAAAACCAGAACAAGAAGAAAAUGAAAAAGAAGAGAAGAAUAAUCAUAAAAAAUUUGCGAUAAAAUUAACAGGAAGACAAUGGGAUCAAGAGGAAAAGAAGGAGAAUGAGAAGAAUGAGGAGGAAGAGAAGAAGAAGGAGGAGGAAGACAAGGGGAAUGAGAAGGAGGAACUAGAACAAAAACAAAAUCCAGAACAAGAAGAAAAUGAAAAAGAAGAGAAUAGUCAUAAAAAAAUUGCGAAAACAUUAAUAGGAGGAGCGUUGAUUGGUGUUGGAACUGUUACAGUUGGUCCGUAUCUAUUAGGUUUUACUGCAGCUGGAAUUGCAUCUGGAUCCAUUGGAGCACAACUCAUGUCGGCUGCUGCCAUAGCUAACGGAGGAGGAGUUGCAGCUGGAAGUGUUGUUGCCAUACUGCAAUCUGUAGGGGCUGCUGGACUAAGUGCGCAAGGCAUGGUUCUUGCUGCUGCUGCAGGUGCUCUAGGUUCUGCAGGUGUUGUAGGUGCUGCAGGUGCUAGUGGAGGAAAUACUGGAGGAGGAAAAGGAGAAGAGAAAGAAUUAGUGGAAGCAGGUGACGUGGAAGAAGAUGAAGAAAAAAGUGCUGCAGUUGUAGGUGGAGGAAAGAUUGUCUUACAAGGAGAAGGAAAAGGAGACGAAGAAGAAGAAAAAUGAGUGGCGAAGCAGAAUGACGUGGAAGUAGAUUAAGAAAGAGAAGUGAUAUUAGAUGAUGUAGAAGAAAUGUGAAUAAAAGAACUUACAUGAUAUGAAUUAAUACAAACAAAUACAAAACAUGUGUGUUUGAAAAAUUCAAUAGCCGGAUCAUCACAAUGUGCGCUGACGGGACUAAAUGUGCCGUGAACGUUUAGAGCAACAUAUUUCUAGCCCUGGUUAUAAAACAGGAUAGCCAAAUUAUAUACAUUUUUACAAAAAAAAAUUGUUUAUGGAAAUUUCUAUAAGACAUUUAGCCCCAUUGCCCCCGUCGGACAGGCCCGGAUCCCCGUCAUCCGACGCCACCACGAGGUCGUCAGACCAAAAUAUCAAAUUGCUUAUCCAAAGGCACAAUUUUGAGCCAAUACUAAGACUGAACUAAUUUAUUAAUUGAUUCUGUAAUAUUACUGCUUAAGAAGACUAAAUUAUGAUUUUAAAGAGAAAUAAAAUGUUGUACUUUAUGUUAAAGAUGUGUUUAUAAAGGAAAAAUGGGAAAAUAUAGAAAUACUGUAUGUUUACUUGAUCAUUAUUUCAUAAUUUUACAAAUAUAUUUAGAAACUGACUUUGAAUUAUUAACAUUAAAAAAAAAGCUGUUACACUUUAAUCAAAUUUAUAAUUAAAGUUCAUAAAGGGAAUAAUUAUAUAUUUUUUCUACUUUUAAAGGAAAUUUCUUGUCUUCUAUUCGAAGUUAAUAUGUUUGUGCUAAAAAAAUAUUUUUAAAAUACUUUUGAAUUUACCAUUGCUUCUUUGAAUUAAUAAAGAAAAUGUGUUUAAAAAAUAAAUUUUGGAUCUAUUCAGUACCAUUAGGGAAAACAAAGACGCUAUAUUUUAUUUAAUUAAAAGUUAAAGUAAUUCAUAUAAGAAAGAAUUUUGUUCAUUGUUUAUAUUACCAUAUUUAAGUUAAAAUUAAGAUUCAAAGUAUUUAAAAAAAAAAGAUAAGAAAAAUACAAUGUACAAUAUAAGUUAUCAUCUGUUGAUCAUUUAAAUAAGGAAUGCUAUUUAUCCUAUUCAUUCUUUUGAUUUUGGCUUUUGUAUUUAUUUAUCUAUUAUUUUUCUUUAUCUCUAUUCGUUUAUUUACCAAGUUUUGUUAAAUUACUAUUAUGUAUAUUUUUGUACUAUGUAAAUUGAUGAAAAUUUUAAAAAGAAAGGAAAAACUGAAGACUGAUACUAAGCCAUUUUUUUAUUCAGGGACCCGUGUCACAAUAUUAGAAUAUUUCAUUCUACUUUACGUACUGGUAACUAUAUCAACUAAUAAAUAUAACGAUCUGUGAAUUGUAAUAAGUUACAUGAAUAUUAAGGCAAAAUGCCAGUGUAUGAUUCGUGCACUUAAGUGAAGUGUAAAAGUAUGCAAAUAUGUUAUCAAAAGGGUUAGUAAAGAGGUAUCUAGCCAGGAGUUGAACAUAAAGAUGUGGACUGAGGCGUGUCAGGUAAAGGACAUAUCAUAGUCCGGCAGCUUAGCAGAUGGAUAUGGACGUUCCGGACAAAAGCACCAAUUUUUUUUACAUGCUCCUUAUGGCCAUAGCAUUCAAUUUUUGGUAGGAACCACCUAA